CCACCUCUUGGAUCCCUCUUCAGCCUCGCUGGCAAGACCGUCCUGGUGACUGGCGCCUCGAGCGGGCUGGGAAAGAGCAUGGCCCUCACGCUCGCAAAGGCCGGUGCAUCGGUCGGAUUGGUCGCACGGCGGAAAUCGCAGCUCGACGAGGUUGCGUCGGACAUCGCGGCGCUCGGCGGCAAGGCGCACGCCGUGACGCUCGACGUGACGCAGGUUUCCGCCAUCGACCCGGUGCUGGCCGAGGUUGAGGCGAGCCUCGGCCCGAUCGACGUGCUCGUGAACAACGCCGGCCUCUCGCUCGACGAGAAGGCUCUCCAGGUCGAGGAGGCGGCGUACGACACCGUGCUCGGCGUCAACACGCGGGCGCCCUUCUUCCUGGCGCAGGCGGUGGCGCGGCGGAUGGUCGCAGAGAAGAGGCCCGGCUCGAUCGUCAACAUCGCGUCGCUCAUCUCGCUCAAGGUUGUCAACAACCUCGCGACGUACGCAAUGUCCAAAGCGGCGCUGGACCACAUGACGCGCGCUCUGGCAAAGGAGUGGAUUCGCCACGGCAUCCGCGUCAACAGCAUACAGCCGGGGUACAUCCGGACCGAGAUCAACUCUGAGUUUUUCGACUCGCCAGCCGGCCUCGAGUUCAUCAGCCGCAUGCCAAACAAGCGGCUGGGCGAGCCUUCGGACCUCGACGGCCCCCUCCUCCUCCUCGCCAGCGAAGCCUCCAAGGGCAUGACAGGCGCCUGCCUCCUCGUCGAUGACGGACAGAUCAACUCCAAGAUCUAGCGAGCCGUCGAGUUGGUGGUAUUGGGGAUGUGGUCGCUGCAACUCUCUAUACUAUCCCGCAUCGCGAGACGUGAGGCGAAAAGGCGGUUUGACGUGAUGCCGCGUUGUUCUCUCUAUGACAACGAUGUGAAAGUGUGGGCAGGCUGCAAGCAUUCUGCGACUCAAAAUGUCUACGUAAUGGCUAACGUUCUAAAAAGUAUCUAUUCUC